CUGCUCCUUAAGCGGGAUGCCAUUGACACGGUUAUCGGAAUAAGGAAGGAUCCCUCCAAGAUCCCUUUACGCGCAUAUCGGGAAGGCGGAAUAGCCAUACGCGGGAAUGACAUCCCCUCCAGCAGAGAGGGCUUAAAGCGCAGCGGUCGGGGAUACGCGGAUACCUUCGCCCGGAGCCACGGCCGUACUCGGAGCGCUAUCUGCGGGAUGCAUGUGGGAUCCCGGGCAGGUUAUGCCACCCAACAGGUUGACUGGAGUCCCAACCGUGAAAGAAAACGGCUGAUCCUGUUCCAAUCCCACCUGCCCUGCUCCCACCUUGUGUCCCCAUGGCGGCAGGGGGCCAUGCCAACGAGACAGAUGUGUUAAUCAACCUGCAACAGGUUCUGCCAAAUGAGGAGAAAGGCUCCCAUGAUGGCUCCGAGGAGGAGGCCUGGGAAAAGGCCCUGUCUGUGGAGAGGUUUGGUGACAUCAUAGCCAAGCCAGUCGCUGCCAACGUGGAGAAGAUGGGCCGCAGUUACGGAGAGAGAGACUUCGAGUACCACCGACACACUUUCCACCACACCCACCACCCUCUCUCCACCCACCUGCCUCCACCCACACGCGUCCGCAAGCGUGCUCUCGGUACGGACCGCCGUCGGAAGAAGAAACGCAAAAAAAAGAGGACGUCCGUGCCUCCCUCAGAGGUCACGCCCACUAUCCAUGAGGUGGAUGAGGAGGAAGAGUCAGAUGCUGAAGGGCGGGGCCAGGUGUCCAGGCCCACUGAGCGAGCAGACUGUGACAUAGAGGUGGGUUGGGGAGAAGGAACCAUUAGGAAGAGUCGCGGAGAGCAGCACUUUGCCCUACCCCUCCCACUUGCCAGCUUCCACAUAGAAAGUGAGUGCCCCCCACUAGCAGAAGAUGUGCCUGCUUACAUGAUCCUGGAAGAAAGAGACGAGGCGUCACAGGAAGCUUCAAGCAGGUUCUCCAGCACCCCUGAGCCACCCAGUGCCCUCACCCGAGCCUGGUUCCGGAGGAAGUCCAUUCACCGGCUGGCAGGGGCACAGCGUGCGAGCUAUGACCUGCGGGAGCGGAUCUGCAUUGGCAGCAUGACUACCGCAGGGGGGGGUGCCGUCUACCACAAGGUACCCACUGACGAGGCGGAGGCCCAGAUGCUGGCCAGCGCUGACCUGGACGACAUGAAGAGUCAUCGCUUUGAGGACAACCCAGGAGUCCGGCGUCACUUGGUGAAGAAGCAGUCUCGUAGCCAAGUUUCUCGGACUAACAACAGCUCGCCCUCCCAUCUGCUAUCCAGCCUGAGUAAGAGGAGGAAAUCGGACAGGAAAACCCAUGAGGUCUUUGUGGAGCUGAAUGAACUGAUGAUGGACAAAGACCAGGAGCUGCACUGGAAGGAAACGGCACGCUGGAUAAAGUUUGAGGAAGAUGUAGAAGAGGAGACGGAGCGCUGGGGCAAGCCGCAUGUGGCUUCGCUGACCUUCCGAAGCCUGCUUGAGCUGCGUAGGACCAUUGCUCAUGGUGCUGUGCUGUUGGACCUGGACCAGACAACAUUACCCGGUAUUGCCCACCUGGUGGUGGAGACCAUGAUCAUCACCGACCAGAUCAGGGCAGUGGAUCGACCCAAUAUGCUCAGAGUCUUGCUGCUCAAACACAGCCACCCCAACGACGAAAAGGAUGGGUUCUUUCCCCGCCAUCCCUCAGUCCACAGUAUGGGCAGCUUCCACCGCAACCACAACCAACUUCCUGACACCAGCCUGCCCCUGGUGACUGAAGACCACGCCGACUCCCAUGGCAGAAAAUCCCCAGAAGCUGACAAAGAGAAAGAACUCCACCCUGGCCCCCCUGAAGGACAUGCCCCCUCUCGUUGCAUAAAGUUACUGGCGAAGAUCCCCAAAGAGGCAGAAUCGGCUGUGGUGCUAGUGGGCUGUGUGGAGUUCUUGGAGCAGCCAGCCUCGGCCUUUGUGCGGCUUAGUGAGGCGGUGCUGCUGGAGUCCAUCCUGGAGGUGCCAGUUCCUGUGCGGUUCCUCUUCGUGCUACUGGGUCCUGCCCAGUCCAGUAUGGAUUAUCAUGAGAUUGGCCGGUCCAUCUCAACUCUCAUGUCUGAUAAGAAUUUCCAUGAGGUGGCCUACUUUGCCGACGAUCGACAGGACCUCCUCAGUGGCAUCAAUGAAUUCCUGGACUAUAGCAUUGUCCUUCCUCCUUCAGACGUGGAGGGGAAGGACCUACUGAAGACUGUGGCCUCAUUCCAGAGGAAGAUGAUACGGAAGAGGAAGGAGCGGGAAAAGAAGUUUGUCAGCAUCACAACUGCAUCUGAGGUAGAGGCCAGGGAGGUGAGCCUGGAUGAACAGGAGGAUGAGGAGCAAGAUGUGGACCCCAUGAAGCGGUCAGGGGUCCCGUUUGGGGGUCUACUCCAUGACAUCCGUCGGAGGUACCCUCACUACAUGAGCGACCUGAAGGACGCCCUGGACACACAGUGUGCAGCUGCUGUCAUCUUCAUCUACUUUGCAGCCCUUUCUCCAACCAUUGCGUUUGGAGGGAUGCUGGGUGAAAAGACAGAGGGUCUGAUGGGUGUGUCUGAGUUGAUCAUCUCCACUGCUGUCCUAGGGGUGAUCUUCUCCCUCCUGGCAGGCCAGCCUCUGCUCAUCAUUGGUUUUUCUGGCCCUUUGCUAGUGUUUGAGGAAGCCUUCUUCAAGUUCUGCCAGGCUCAGGGUCUUGAGUACCUGACUGGCCGGGUAUGGAUUGGCUUCUGGCUUAUCUCCAUUGUGCUGAUCAUUGUAGCUGCAGAGGGAAGCUUCCUGGUUCGCUACAUCUCUCCCUUCACCCAGGAAAUCUUUGCAUUCCUUAUUUCCCUCAUAUUUAUCUUUGAGUCUUUCUCCAAACUCAUCAAGGUGUUUCAGGAGCACCCAUUGAUGAGAAAUAACCCCCUGCCCAGCUCUCCUUCUUCCCUGGGCUUCUCCAACUAUUCCUGGGAGCUGGACAUUGAAGCAAACCACAACGCCCAAGUCACACAACCCAACACAGCCCUGUUGUCUCUGGUGCUGGUUCUGGGCACCUUCUUUGUGGCCUUCUUCUUCAGAAAGUUCCGGAACAGCCGCUUCUUGGGAGGGAAGGCCAGGCGAAUCAUCGGUGACUUUGGGAUGCCGAUCUCCAUCCUGUGUUCCGUCAUUGUGGAUUACAUCAUUCCAGAUGCUGACACACAGAAGCUGAAUGUGCCCACAGGAUUCUCAGUCACAUCUCCUGACAAGCGUGGCUGGUUCAUCAGCCCAUUUGGAGACAAGCAGACCUUUCCCAUGUGGAUGAUGGCUGCCUCCAUUGUCCCUGCCCUUCUGGUUUUCAUCCUCAUCUUCAUGGAAACCCAGAUCACCUCGCUGAUUGUGAGUAAGAAGGAGCGUCACCUGGUGAAGGGUUCAGGCUUCCACUUGGAUCUGCUACUGAUCAUCCUGUUGGGGGCACUCUGCCCACUCUUCGGCCUGCCCUGGCUCACAGCUGCCACUCUUCGCUCCAUCACCCACGUCAAUGCCCUCACGGUCAUGAGCACUGCCACAGCCCCUGGCGAGAGGCCUGUCAUCCAGGAGGUCAAAGAGCAGAGGCUCACCGGUAUGGCUGUCGCCCUACUCAUGGGCAUGUCUGGUGUCAUGACCAACGUGCUAUGCCACAUCCCCUUGGCCGUGAUAUUCGGCAUCUUCCUGUACAUGGGUGUCACCUCCCUGACGGGGAUCCAGCUGUAUGAGCGUGUCAUGUUGAUGGUCACACCAGCCAAGCACCACCCUGACCAUGUCUACGUCACCAAGGUUAAAACCUGGCGUAUGAACAUGUUCACGGUCAUCCAGCUCACGUGCAUCAUGCUGCUGUGGGUAGUCAAGUCGACAGUGGCAUCUCUGGCCUUCCCGUUUGUCCUUAUCCUGACCGUGCCGCUACGUCGCCUAGUCCUCACACGGAUAUUCAAGGAGCGGGAGCUCAAAGCGCUGGACUCUGACGUGGAUUCCCCCAACUUCGACGAAGACGGCAGGGAUGAAUACGACGAACUCCACAUGCCUGUAUAGCUACAUGCUCUGCAGGGGCGGUAACAGCAUAGCAAUCAGAAGAAACAAUGUGCUAAUGCUGGCCAAUUGAUGGAAGGAACAAUAAUUUCUAGAGGAGAACAAUCAAUGACACUUGUGCAAUACCCACACGGAGCUUCAAAAUAGUGAUACAGUAUAUCGCACUGUAGAUUUCUGUCUGAAUGCGGUGCAAACAGGCAAUGACUCUGUCUGAGGACCGUGUGUGUCUGUGUAUGUGAGAUUUGUGUGAGAGCGCCUUUGUUUCUUGGUGUUGUUGUUGUUGCUGUUUUGUUGUUGUAGUUGUGGUUGGAUGGCUGCAAAGAAUCCCAGGCUGUCAGCCAGGCCUCCAGGAGGCCCGGUGUGUCCUGCCCACUCUGUACUCUGUCUGUUUACCUUUUUUCCUCCUGUUUUACUUAUCCUCCUGAAAGAAAUCUUGGGGACAUUGGGCGAUGUGCAAUGAGUGUGCCAUGGUGCGAGUCACAAGGGUUGCAUCUGUGACGACCAUGACAGUCACUGCAAACCCAAGCCAUAAAGCCACUGGUUGAUGUGCCGGUGAGUUUGACGUGGGCUUUGGUCAUUGUGAUGAUGGACCACAGCUCACCUGCAGGCAGAAGGGAGGGUUGGGCACUUUCCCCCCACCAGAUAAAGCAAUGAAGAUAACUGGCAUGUAUAAUAGGGAGGUAUUUUUUAUAUGACAGAUUUUACAUUGUACAUACAAAUUAAGACGUAGGAGCUUUUGGAUGUAGACAUUAAAGAAUGACACCGCCACCAGGAUUUGUGGUGAAGCUGCUCUAUUGCAGUCAAGCUGCAUGAAUCACCUGUCUGCGACACGGAAAACGGUUUGCUUCUGGAUUCAGCCAUGUGUUAAAAUGGGGCCAGCACUCCUUUUCAAGAAGAAUCAUUUUAAAACGUGACCUUGAUACAAGACAUGACUCAUGAAGGCUAAAUGAGAUACACCCGCAUAUGUUGUGCACAAUGAUGCUCCCUUCUGAAGUUAUAUUCCAUGUGUUUGAUCUUUGGGUAUCAACACUAAAAGAAAUCAUUCACAAUCAUUACAUCUGACAAUGGCAUUAAGUAAAGAAACACAUCAUUUCUUUUGAGGACCAGAUGCACAUCCCUGUGAUAUAAAAAUUACCAGAAAAAAAGGAAUCUGUGUUUUUUGGUGAACACACUGGCUGGAUGAGUGCGACGCCAUUUUUACGGCUGAAUUGCAGGACAUGGAACAUGAAAAAAUCUCCCCAGGAUAACUUAAUGGCCCAGGAACCAGAAUGAAUGACAUUUCGCAAGUCAUGCAAGAUCAUGGGCUGCAGAUGUGCUGCACAGAUCCCUGUCUAUCAGAGCUAGCAACAUAGAUAAGCCAUACCUGCAUUCACCAAUGGGACCACACUCCAUAGGGUUUUUGCAAAGUAAAGGAACAAACAAACGUCAUUUAGAGUAAAGGAUCAAACAAACAUGUCCCUUAGAGUAAUGUGGAAUCGCUGAUGGUGAGCUUUGUACAGCAUUAUAGUUCUUCAUAAGAGCUUGAUAUUGGUGAACAGGUGGGACCAUCAGUGCUGCAGUAAGGCUCUUGUCCCACUGAAUAUGCUGGGUAGUUUUUCUGCAUUUUGUUUUAGUGUAGGGUUUGUUUAGUUUGAGUGUAGGGUUGUUAAGCAAAUGACGGUGGUGCCAGAAACACACCCUGGGCUAAGGACUAACAUGGUGAAACCAUGUGAAACGGGGGGGUUGAUGGGCUUCUCAUGUCCAAGCCCCCCCCCCAAGGCAGACCAACUGUUGCUUGUCCUGGCUUGAGUGAUGGUACGGGUGGCAGCAGACAUACGAGUUAUGGUGACAGCUCAAGCCCCUGUUGAAAAAAUCAAAAGCCUUUGUUAUGGUCACAUCAGGUUGGCUCGGGGGAGAUGGGGAGAUCCAGGUGCUGCAGGACUGGGCUGGGAUCUAUACAAAGCCUGAUACCACUGGUGUAAGUCCAAGUUAUUACUCAAGAUGGUAAACCACCAUGGCUGGGUGUCCUCUCUCCCCGUACCUCUCAAGGAGAUGAAAGCAAAGCUGUUCAACAAGAGCACCAGACACUUGCUCGCAGUACAGACCACCCAACAGUCUAUAGCCGUAUAACCUUUUUUAACAGGAGGCAGCGGGAACAGCAGCUUUUUAUUAGUGUGUGAUAUGUGUUUUUGUAAGGAAGCUUUGCUCUCAAGUGGAACCAGAUGAUGGGAAGCUUUGGGAUAGACCAAGGAAGAAGCCUUUCUGUGACUGUGGAGGAGUAGCUGGAUAGCAUCUCCAUAGCUAAUGACCGGCCUGCUGAGCCCAUCUCAAAGCUCACUGUUUACUACCCUUCACUGGCCACUUGGUGGUUUUGAUGCUGCCCCUGGUAACAGCACAACAGAGCACAGCAAAUGGAGCUUACGCCUCAGAGGACACCUUGCAGAUCACUGGAUGAUGCUUACAUAGCCAUGUACACCAGCCAUGACAUUGGGUUGACAAAUGAAAUAUGGAAAUCCAUUAGAUAUUAAACAGAUUAACAAAGCAAAAUAACAAAGAAUAUUAAUGUAUGAAUACAGUACACACGACAGAGACUGUGAUGGAAAUUAAUAUCUUCACAAUAAGCCAAGGGACAUUGUUCCAGUAAGUCAGUAGUUCCAUGGUAACUGAAGCUGGACUGAAGCAACUUUGGACCAUUAACAAUCUGGAGCAGCACCAUUAGAAAUAGUUUAACUGGAUGAGACAAUAACCUCUAUUGCCAGCAAAAAAUAAAGUGAAUACAAUAGCGAAUAAAUCAA